GCACAUUAGCCUAGCCUAAUUUAGUCUGUUAGCACUCGGAGAUAUGUCGCUGCUGCUCCAGCUUCCCGAAGAAAACUGAGCCGACUGUGGUAAAAGAUACAACCGAUUGCACAUAGCAGGAAGCAGACAGCAUCGAUUAGCCAUCUACUAGCCGUUCACGAAGAUUCAGAAGCUGCCAGCUACUGCUCGCCGUAAAAUGACAACCAAAAAGCCGCGGAGCAUGAUCCGGGAGGCCUCUCAUCAGAUCAUUGCCGGUGGAUCCGCGGGUCUGGUAGAGAUCUGCUUGAUGCAUCCCCUCGAUGUGGUGAAGACAAGGUUCCAGAUCCAACGGGGAACCAGUGACCCCACCAGCUACAAGAGUCUGAAUGAUUGCUUCCGGACCAUCUUCCGAAAAGAGGGCGUCUUUGGCUUCUACAAAGGAAUCUUGCCUCCGAUUCUGGCAGAGACACCAAAGAGAGCAGUCAAGUUUUUCACCUUUGAGCAGUACAAGAAGUUGCUGAAUUUCACCCCUUUGUCUCCUGGUGUCGCGUUUUCUGUAGCAGGGCUUGGCGCAGGCCUGACUGAGGCUGUUAUCGUCAACCCGUUCGAAGUGGUGAAAGUCAGUCUUCAGGCCAACAGAGACUCCUUCAAAGAGCAACCCUCCUCAUUCGCUCAAGCCAGACUCCUCAUUAAUUCGGACGGUUUUGGGCUGAAGGGUUUGAAUAAAGGAUUAACAUCGACACUGGGACGCCAUGGCGUUUUCAACAUGAUCUACUUUGGCUUCUACUUCAAUGUCAAGGAUGCUAUCCCUGCCAGCCCGGACCCUACCCUUGAGUUCCUGAGGAAGUUUACUAUUGGUCUGGUGUCUGGGACCAUCUCCUCCUGCGUGAACAUUCCCUUCGAUGUAGCCAAGAGCCGCAUCCAGGGCCCGCAGCCAGUGCCAGGAGAAAUCAAGUACCGCACCUGCUUCCAGACCAUGGCGCUGGUGUACCGGGAGGAGGGGUAUUUGGCACUGUACAAGGGGCUAGUUCCCAAGAUAAUGAGGCUUGGACCAGGUGGGGCAGUGAUGCUGCUGGUCUAUGAGUAUGUGUCUGGAUGGCUACAGAGGAAUUGGUAAUGAGAAUUAUGCCUCAGUGCUGAUAUUGUUAGCUAAUUCUAGACCAAAUAGUUUUUAGUUAGUUUGUUUACCUUUCAUACUGAUGUACUGAUUUGCAAAAUACAAUUCACCAUUUUGAAAUAUCUUAGCAGCUUUCUAUGAAACAACCUCUAAAAGCCCACAACUUCAUCCAAGGCAAUUUCUCAGGAGUUAAAAACAGCUAUGAUAUUUGAAUAUUGCCAAAAUGCAUUUAUGAUAUAAAAGGGGUUUUUGAAAGCCCCUAACCCUGUUCUUCAGUCAGCAGAGUCCUCCAUGAACACAGACUUUUCCAAACUGUUUUGUUAUCUCAUGUUAUAGUUCAUGCUUUUUUUUCUGUGCUCUUCUGACUGGUUUGAAGUUGGGCGGUGCCCAGUUGGGAGGAAAGUUGUAUUCUAAUAUGAACCACUAAGAGUUGGGCAAUAUUUGAUCAGAAUCUGAUGACAGUUCAGGGGUUGUUUACUCCUGCUGGUAUCACUGUGUCUAUCACAUACACUGUCUUGAUAGAGCAGAUUAUAUGUGUUUGAGAAUUACUCAUAAGGAUUAUUAAUAAUGCUUCAUUACUUUAAUUCAGAUUUCUGCUUAUUUAGUCAAAUAAUUUUAUAGAGAAAUAUUUAAACCAAAUUUUCAGGACUUUAAUGUCACAGACUGUCAAAGUAAAAAAACCUUGACCUUAUACUACAUAUAUUAUAUUAUUAUUGUAUUGCUGUGCAGUUAGUAUGACGAAACUUGAAAAUGUACUGAGUGCAGACUUCUCUCAGUUCCUGCUCGACUCAAAUAUCCAUCCAUCCAUUUUCCUCCGCUUAUCCGGGACCGGGUCGUGGGGGCAGCAGUUUUAAGCAAAG